CGGGAUACCAACACAUCAUAUCAUCCGAAAAAGACGGUGGCGGUCGAUGGCUAGCCUAGAGAGAAAAGGGUACGGUAAAAUAUAUAAAAGGCAGCCUAACAACGACGUAUGAAUUGAUCUGGUUUAUGGUAUUUUGUUGAGGGAAGUAAACUGGAACUUUGCCAUGCCACUUUUUCCAAAGAAGAAAAACGAAAAGAAGGCGAAAGGACUUGGUCUAACGGAGCAUGAAGAGGAAAUUGCGCAGGCCCCAGAAUCCCCUUACGUUAACCAAAAUGGUGGCGGCAGCAGCGGUACUCCCCAUCAAGCACAACCACCAAGACAGGCUAGGCCUAAGGCUACACCAGGGAAUAGUGGAGGAGGUGUGUAUGGUACGGCUGAAGUACCUCCGCAAGUUCCAAAGAAACAAUCCGAGCUUGUGUUCCAUACACAACUUGCCCAUGGCAGCCCAACGGGAAAGAUACGAGGGUUCACUAAUGUUCGUGAGCUGUACGAAAAAAUUGGGGAAGCUUUUGGAAUGUCUUCUAAAAAGAUUUUAUUCUGCACCUUAAACACACACAUUGUGGACAUGACAAGGCUAUUGGGCGGUCAAAUCGGCCUGGAAGAUUUCAUUUUUGCUCACAUCAAAGGACAGACUGAUGAACUUACGUUUCAUAAGUCUGAGCAAGCUCUAGGUCUGACGAUUACCGACAAUGGUGCAGGAUAUGCUUUUAUCAAACGAAUCAAGGAAAAUAGCGUGAUGGAUAAGGACGAUCGAAUAAAUGUCGGUGAUCAUAUCGAAGCAAUCAACGGUCAAACAAUGGUAGGAGCACGACAUUUUGAAGUUGCACAAGCUUUAAAGAAAUUACCAGUCAGUCAGAAUUUCACCAUGGUGAUAACGCAACCGUUAAAAGCAUUUACACAAAUUCAGCCACGAUCGGCAGCGAAAGUAGCAACCGCACCAAACGAUGAUAAGGUGAAGACUGGUAAAGAGACUCUGAGAUUAAGGAGUACUGGACAAGCUAGAGUGGAGGCCAUUCCUCUGGAGUGGGAGACGAGAGCUGUAAAGAGAAUAGAUGAUUUGUUGGAAUCCUUCAUGGGAAUAAGAGACGAAGAAUUGGCUGGCACUAUGGUUGAUCUUGGCAAAGACAAGAAGUCGCCAAUAGAUUUUCAAACCGCCCUGGACCAACAACUUGGCGACUUCGCUUUUCCAGAUGACAUUAUAUUCGAUAUAUGGGGUGCUAUUACUGACGCUAGAGCAGGAAGAAUUUAGACUCAAUGCAAAAAUAUCUUAAUUAAUUGUUAGUCCGAUAAUUUACCGCGAGUCUGCAUAAAUCCUGCCAAUCAUAUUAUAAAUGUAAACAUCCUUUGAUUUCCAUUCCACUGAUUGGUUGUAAGACAUUAUAAUAUAAUUCUUAUCUAGACAUACUACAAAUAGAAAUAUCUUAUAAAUAGAUAAUAUAUGCUUAGAUUGAUACAUCUUAACAUCACCUAUAUACAGUAUAUUUGAGUCAGUGGUCCUAAUGGAGGCAUGUCAUCGUAUAUUUUUUUAUGAAGCGUGUUAUCCCAAAACCAGUGUAUUGUAGCUAGAGUUAAAUAGCAUAAGAAUGUGUCAGUAUUGUAUACUUUAGUACAGAGAAGCUGUAAUACUUUUACUCAUAACUUUGGCAAUGGUAAGUCGAUUCUAAUAAGUGACCCAUAAAUUUAAAGCUUACAGUUUGGGGAAUAUAAAUAUAUUCAUUUUCAGGUCACUUAUGCUGGUUUUGGGAUGGUUAGCCUC